GCCGUGAAACUAGAAAAGAGUGACGAUGGCAAGGUUUGGUUGUGGAAAGGGUGGCGAGGUUUCAUGGAGCAUUAUUCGAUUGGUCAUGGUCACCUCCUAGUCUUCAAGUACGAAGGGGACUCCGUUUUCCACGUGAUAAUAUUCGAUAAGAGUGCUUCGGAGAUUGAUUAUCCAUCGAGCAUCGAAAGCGAUAUGUCAAGCCCUGAGGAGGAAUUCAUCUCGCGAAAAGAGGAAGAUGUCAUGGAAAUCGAAGAUUCAGAGGGUUCCAUGCCUUGUUCACAGCCAAGUUCAUACAGGUCGUCUCGAGAAUAUGGAGUUCCAAGUCAUCUCGCUGCUUUUGAAUUAGCCAGCGAAUUCAAAUCGGACCAUCCCUUUUUCAAGGUGGUGGUACAGCCUUCUUAUGUUCGGAAAUCUUUGACCAUCCCUCGUGACUUCUUCAUCAAGCAUGUUCAAAAGAACAAGCAAAUCGCAACUCUUAGGUACUCAGACAGAUCAUGGCAGGUGAAGCUAAGGAGCUAUGAACAUACAGCAUGUCUCUCAUUUGGUUGGUCCUCAUUCUCAAGAGAAACUGGUCUCCUUGUAGGAGAUUGCUGUGUGUUCGAGCUCAUUGAUAGGGAUGACAUUGUCUUCAGAGUCUCCAUUUUCCGCAGUGAUGGUGUCAGUCCGGCUGCCGCCGCCCGUCGCCACCGGCGUAAGAAAUGUUUCUGCUUAUGUCAGAUCCAAACCGAACAAUCUCAAUGCCAAGAGCACCCUUCGGAGUCAGCUUUCCACACUUCUCCAUGCCUGAGCCCUGUCAUUGCUCAUGAAAGAGCUUGCGAAUUUGAAUCGGAGUAUCCAUUUUGCAAUGUCGUGAUAUUGCCAUAUCAAAUUGAAAGACAAACCGUGACCAUUCCAUGGCAGUUCAUAAAGACAUACAUUCAGAAAGACCAUCAAAUGGUGAAUGUUGUUUAUUUGGGCCGAUCGUUUGAGGUGAAACUCCUCGUCUAUCGGCACUUACACAUCGCCAUCUUGGGGGUCGGUUGGUCCGCGUUGGCAAGAGAAGCUCACCUGCGCGAAGGAGAUGUCUGCAUGUUCGAGCUCCUCGAUAGGGACAAUAUCGUGCUCAGGGUCUCCGUCUUCAGUAGUGCGAAUAAGGAAGUGAUUUCCAUUGAGUGAGACUAACAGCGGGAAGUGUCGCACUUCAGGCUGUUUUCGGCGCUGAGAGGAAGUCGAGAAACGAACUACCUAACACUACUAGUUCGUGCUUCCUUUAUCUAAUACCGUGAUUUAAAAUCAUGGAAGAAGCUCACUUCUGCUUGCUCGCAUAAAUCUUCUUUGUUUCCCGGGAACUGCAAAUCAGGUGAAUGUAAAAUCUACUUGAAUCAGAACGUUCA